AUGUCCGAAUCAUCGCUCACUCCCAAGUCGUCUUUGCGAGACUCGCAGGAUCUAAAGCAGGCAGUCCCGAGCGGUGACACUGGCAGCGGCGAGGCGGCCAUGUCGUUCACCAAGCGCAACCAGUGGGUCGUGUUUGCCGUGGCCAGCGGUGCCUGUGCUGCGUUCAAUGGCGUGUUUGCCAAGUUGACCACCAAUGACUUGACAACCACCAUUGCCAAGGGUAUAUCCCGCCUCUUUGGGAUGCCCGAGGGCCAUGUCUACAUAGAGCUCGUCGUGCGCGUGAUAUUCUUCAGUCUGAAUCUAGUCUUCAACGGCGUGAUGUGGACGCUCUUCACCCAGGCUCUAGCCAAGGGAAACUCAACAACGCAAGUCUCCAUCAUGAAUACCUCCACAAACUUCAUGAUCACAGCGCUCCUGGGCUUCAUCAUCUUCUCAGAGUCCCUGCCCCCCUUGUGGUGGCUGGGCGCCGCGAUGCUCGUGGCUGGCAACGUCAUCAUCGGGCGCAAGGACUCUUCUGGCAGUGCCGACGAAGCAGAGGAGGUAGAUGGCGCUGGAGCCGAAGGAGGAGGCGUGCUUGGUGCUGGUGCUGGUCUUGCUGCUGCCGAUGCACUUGGGGAGUAUCGCGACGAUGACACGGAUGUUUACCGCGACGAUCUGGAGACCGGGCGGCAGUCGGACGAUGUAGACGAGGAUGUGGCGCUUAUCGGCGAUCUUUGA